AUGAAGUUCCACGCUUUUCUCGUCGCCAUGAUGACUGUCGUCGGUGCUGUCGCCGCUGCGGACCAGCCUUUGGUCAAGUCGGCGGCCGAAGCUCUCGAACAAGUUCAAGCGUCCGCGUUACCCGAUGGCGACGACGAUAAGGAGAACUUCGGAUGGGGUUUCGGUGGAGGCCUCGGUGGAGGUUUCGGCGGAUGGGGAUUCGGUGGAUGGGGAGGCUGGGGUGGUUGGGGUGGCUUUGGGCCCUACCGCUUCGGAUUUAGGUGCGGCGGUGUCCCCGGCUGGGCCUAUCCGUUGGGCUACUGGAACACGUUUGGCGCAAGUCUGUAUGGCGGCGGGUGCGGUCUGGGCAUGCCUUUCGGUGGUCUUUACUACUGCUAA